AUGGCUCCACUAACUGAAGAUUUACAGAGAAAAAGAGAAGCAAUUUUAAGGUCAAUGCUAGCAAAAAAAUCUCCGCAACCAGAACUUGGUCAAAUUACUCCAGCAGCAGCUCCUCUCACGCGUAAAAUUCAAACACAUAAUAUAAAAGAUCAAAUACAACAUCAAUCAGGAAGCAAUACUCAGAUGCUGCUCAGGCAAACAACGAGUGUAAUACCUCAAAAAGAAACGAAAUACUCUAAUUCCAAAAUACCCUGGCACAUACAUUCCACACAACAUACUGAUAAAAUAAUUGAGCAUCCAGUAGUUAGAAAAUCCGAGAUUACUAAAUCUAAAAAGCUUCUGAAGAAAGCUAAUAUCUCUGUACAAAAUCCUUCCCUGGCUAAUACAGCACAAAAAAAGUCACUAUCAAACAAUUUAUUCAUCAAGAAAGAGCAUAUAGAAGACUCCAAAAGUUGCGAGCCGAAACAACUUCCAUUGAAAGCUCUAAAAAUAGAAGUACAGGCUCAACUACUUACUCUUUCCCGAUUAGGCUAUAAUUUUGAAGAUAUACCAACUCAUUCUGGCUGUAACCCAUUAUUUUUGCAAAAUUGUUUGUCAGAAUUUCAUUUAAAAAGACAAAAUAUGUUUCGUGGGCUAGUUAUACCUCGUGGACUUCAGGAUUCCCCAGAGAAUCUCUCAAAUACACUCACUGCUCCUAGUUUAUUGGGCACUGAUGCCGAUAUUGAUAAUGAUGACAGCUCAGAGCAAACCAUCGAGCAUUCACAGCCAGAUUCUACUACGCCAACACCAAUACCGACUAAACCAAAUGGUUAUGAAGAUAGUAUUACAACAAUUGAGACUGAAGAAAGACCACCCAAAAGGAUAAAAAUCAUACAGAAGUCCGAAGAGUCAAUUCCACCUUUAAAAGAGCCUAAACCUAAUUCUAUUGUUGCACAAGAUAAACCAAUCAAACCAAAUGCUAAUCUGGUUCAAAACUUGAAAAUAUUAACUCUUCGGUUUAAAUUGGACGUUAAUAAAUUACUUCAACCCUUGAAAAAUGAUACCAUUAAAACAUUUAGGAAAGAAGAUUUCGAAUCUAUUCAAAAAAUCAAUAGAGAUAUGCAAAAUCAAUUUUCAUCAUGGAUUAAUACUGUUAAUGAUAUAUCUGAUAGAUAUUCAACCCCUUUGCAAGUGUUUACAGGUGGGGAGAUGGUCUCACAAAAUGUCGAUGUUUCCAAAGAUUCACCACAAAUAAUGAAUAAUAUGAGCCAAGAGCAAGUAUCCAAAACUGCGUCUACGGUAAUAGGCCAUGAAGACAAACAGAAACUAACAAAUAGCCGUUCUAAUGUAUCAACUUAUAUUCAACCACAAGGGGAUAAACAUAGUCAUUCUUUUGCGAGAAAUCCCAAUGCUGGAAAUCGGCAAAUUGGUAGGGUAAGGUAUCGGUCAAAAGACUAA